AUGCAAAGACAAUUCUUUCGACUUCUCAAAACCAAGUGCUCUCAAUUCCAUGCUAGGUAUACAAUAAAUCCAUUAUCAUUCAAACUUCAACCUCCCACCAAGUUUACUCCGCAAUCAGUAGUUAUAUUCUCGACUCCAACAAACCUACCCCAGGUCAUUGAAGAUGUAAUUGAACUCCACCAACAAAUCAAUCUACAAGUAGUGGUUGCCGGAAUUGACUCAAUGGCGCCAUUGUCUGCAAGGAAUGGUGUGAGUGAGCUAUGGCUUGACCGUCGAUUGAAAAUUGGCAAUUCGUUGCUUUUGGAAGAAAGAGAUGACUUGAACAAACCUCCACCUGAAAGUGACGGAAUCAAUCCUGUGAGCGCUAGAAAGAAUUGGAAAAACAUUCAAGGUCAUUUGAGCUUAGGAUUGAGACACGAAAUGGAUGCUAAGAUAAGCUUGGCCAAUACGGUCUUUUCCACUGGAUCUAUCCUAACUUUGUUUUAUUUCGAUUCAGAGUCAAAUGGCGCUCAUCAUUCUGGCCAGCAUUUAUGUGAGCUAGAGGUUGCAUUACCGAGAGGUAUUGUCCCCAAUCAUGCAACUGCGAAAAUAGAAGAUAGGUGGACGCCGUUGUACCCAGGAAAACAAUUCAAAAUUACAAACUGUGUGGGGAACUUGUUGAAAUCAAUUGAGAGAAACCCGGCUGCCAAAUACUUGGAAAACAAUGAUAAGCUAAUGAGCUUGGCAAGUAAAGAUACUGAAGUGUUUGUAAAGUUGAGAAAAAGGGGGUCAACUGCUGUGGAAAGAUUCAAAGUAACUGCAGGAGGUGGUGGAUGGGGUGCCAAAGCUGAUAUAAUUGCAUUAUCGCCAGAAGCAAAGCCUGAGAGAGGUGAUGAGGUUGAAUUUUUCAUGGUGACUCCUAAAGACAGAUUUGUGAAACGUGAAGGAGAUGCUCUUGAAAAGUUUGAUCAUACAUUAGCCUUCAUAAGUAGUUUUGAAGAAACAGACUAUGACGGUAGUACUGGCGAGGAAAGCGAAAAGGUUUACGACACAUUUGGGUGCGGAUCAGAACUUGGGUUCUACUUUAAUGGGGUUAAACAUCAUUCACCAGGGGAAACUGUGUAUGUAAAGUUAAAGUGA